AGACCAUGCAAAACUAUAAGAUCCGAAGAAGCUGUAGGAACUCAAAGAACACUAGAGGCUGUAGGAGCUAUAGGAGAAAAAGCUCUUAAUGAAGAUAUAGCCGAAACUCUCAGAUACUUGGAAAGGAUUCAUAAUGGUAUUACUUCUGGAAUGCUACAAAUACCUGAGACAAUUAAAGUAAACAAAAUAGGUCCACAUGAGCUUACAGAUCCUCUUGUAAGGAAGAAAACUGAUUUUCGUGGAAAAAGAAAGCCUUAUAUUAUAAAGAAACUCUUAAAUCAGAUCACAGACGUCGGUUGUAUUCCAACUAAUAUUAUCCAGUUAGAAAAGAUUCAAACAAAACUUAGUGCUUUAGAAGAAUUUCGAGAAUCUCCCAACAUUUUGAAAUUUUAUGGACUCUCUUAUAUUGAUAAUCAACAAGUUAAAGUAUACGAAUGGGCAAACAGGAAACUUACGCGACGCGAAGUUUAUAAUACAUACAAUAUCUCUUGGGUUGCAAAGGUGUCAAUUGCUCUUGAUAUUUGUUGGAAAUCACUUCUUGCAUUCCUGCUCCGUGCUUCAUCACAACAUUCGUUGUGA